GUAAAAUGGAUAAAGUAUGUCAAUAAGAAAGAAAUCCAAUAAAAAAUUAACAAAACACAGAACGAAACAAAGAAUUACUUUCAUAUAGAAGAAUAAACUCUCCUGGACUUCCUAAUUCAUCUUUGAGAUCAAGUUGUAAAGGACAUUAAAAAAGGUUAGAAAUUGGAUUGAUAACUGAUCGUAAAUUAAGUGAAAGUCCAAAUUUUGAUAGAAUGUUUUCAACUGGAAACUUUAAAAUGUUUAAAUAGAAAAAUAGCGUAAUUGAAAUUCCACAACCAUUAUCUCAAAUUCCAAAAAUGGAACCUUAAAUCAAGAGAAAUUUAAAGAUGAUUGAAAAAUUAGAAUCCGAUAAACUUUGUUUAAAAAUAUAUAUGUCAGAAGAAGACUCAAAUUAAUUAAUAUUUACAGGUAUUAGUAAAGAAAAAUUAUAAUCACCAAACUCAAAUAAAAAGGCAUUAAUUAAAAAUUUAAGAUAGUUAUUUUAGAAUGGUAUAAAUGAAUAAAAUAAAUAAAUGAAAUAGGAAUGUUAAUAAGAAAAGCAUUUAAAUCUAAAAGAUUAAAUAUAUUAUGGUUUAUUAAAAAACAAUUACAGUAAUUCUAGUAAGAGAAUCAUAACUUAAACCAAUGAAAGUAAAUCAAAUUUAGAUAGAUCGCUUUCUAUUUCAACUAUAUAAGAAUAUAAAUCUAAUACUUCCAGUAAAGUUCACAAAGAUUUAGAAAUAUUGGAAAGAGGAUUCAAUAAAUAAAGAAACAAUUAAUAAUUUAAUUCUUUCAAUUCAAAAUUUUAAAAGUCUUAACCAUUAGGCUAAUAUAAUAUAACUAUAAAUUUGAAACAGAAUUAAAAAGGUUGUAAGACUUCUUCUGAAAUAAAAAAAGGGCCUUCCCCAUCUUUCUCAUAAUAACGAAAUUCCUAAUAAAAAAGUAUAAAUAAAUAGAAAUCAAAUGCUAAAUCAUUACAUGUUUGA